UCCCUCUGUCUUUAAGCACGCAAACGGUGGGCAAAAAAAAGGUGAUAAGCAGCUUUGAAACGCGUUCCCGCUGAAUCAGGACACAGAAGCGAGUGUCUCACAACCAAAGCAAACAAAGCCUUACUAACGUGACGAGAGGGAGACUCAGGGAGACACGACUGACUGCCUACUCUCAGGGAAGAGGAGGAAGCUGGAGACACUUGACUUACCAACACCCCAAUCCAGAGAACCUGGAGGGAGGCAAUCCUUCCCUCUGCAUACGCUGAGGAAUACACCCUACACCACAACAACAACUACAAGCCUGAGAAGAAGAGAGACCAGCGCCAAGGUCUUUCUCUUUCUCUCUUUCUACCUCUCUCUCUCCUGCUGUGGAGCUCUGUACUCAUCUCUCCAGUCCCUCAAGGUGUUCUGCUGUCAUCAUGUCAGAAGGAGAAGAAUGUCGCUCUCCCAUCGGUCUGGACUGCUGCUCCUGCUGCCUGGACCUGGCCAACUGUGAUGACCCAGCUGGAGGUGGAGGCGAGGGCAGAGGCAACAGCACCCCCCUGAUGGGAAGCCCCACGUCGCUCAGCCACUUCCGCCAGUUCCGGGAGCAGCUGACGUUCCAGAACCAGAACGUGAACACAGACAAGCUGAACAGCAUGAUGAGGCUGGACUCUCUGGAGUCUGUGGUCAGAGACCCCUGUUACCUGCUCAACGAGGGCAUCUGCAACAGCAACAUCGACCAGACCACGCUGUCCAUCCUGCUUUUCUUUCACAGUGCCUCGGGUGCUAGCGUUGUUGCCAUUGACAACAAGAUAGAACAGGCAAUGGAUCUGGUGAAGAACCACCUGAUGUAUGCAGUCAGGGAGGAGGUAGAGAUCCUCAAGGAGCAGAUCAGAGAGCUGGCUGAGAAGAACAACCAACUAGAACGUGAGAACAGCCUUCUGAAGAACCUGGCCAGUCCAGAACAGAUGGAGAGCUUCCGAGAAAGGGUUCCGUCCGACUCGGACGCUCUGGUCCCCCUGCAGCUGGACUACCAGCAACAGGCCCAGAUUGGACUCCAUAACCCUGACCAGUCCUGCCACAUCAGCGCUGGCUCUGCUGUAUAGGUGGCUCUGCCUUUGAUCUCCAGUUGUAAACUAAUCGUCGCUGCCAACUUCAGUGAAGCUGUCUGUAACAGAUGAUGAAACACAAUUGAUGAACGGAGCACAUGAAAAGACGCUCUAACUAGCGGCUAUAGGCUGAAGCUGUAAGCUAAGAUGAGCCUUUCCUACGACAUCUAGACUCUUUCUCUUUAGACAAAAGCUCUAAAUGAGAGGGCUCACGUAGCCAGCCGGAGAACGCUUGCAUUGGGACAGAGGUGAGGCUCCGGCCUUCUGGGGCCAGGAGGGCCAACCCCUUAGCCAUUCUCUACCACCCCUGCUACAGAGGGGGGAGAGGGUAAAAGACAGGGCUGGCCCAGGGACCUGAUCCUGGGGAUGCCUCUCCACGCCAGAGUGGCCCGUCCUCCAGCUUACCUCUCCAGGUCUAGCCAAUGAAAAAGGAAAUCUUCUCCAAGACAGAGAGAUGGCCCUCCAGUCUGCUAGACCAUGUGGAUUUCUUCUUCUGAUAGUACAAUUUCUGAGGAGUCAGUCAGACAAUAUAUCAGCCAUCUUGUGACUGUUUCCACCUGCCACAAUCUACUGAUAUCCUCUGUCAAAAUUCCUUAAGAAGAAGCAACGUGUCUUCAGGGAACCAAACCUGAGCUCCAGUACAAUGAGGAGAAGGAGGAUCUAGGAGAUCCUGGACUGUUGCUGGGAGAGAAAGGCCUGUUUCUCUCUCAACCUCACUGGUGAUAGGAGAUCCUGGACUGUUGCUGGGAGAGAAAGGCCUGUUUCUCUCUCAACCUCACUGGUGAUAGGAGAUCCUGGAAUGUUGCUGGGAGAGAAAGGCCUGUUGCUUCUCUCUCAACCUCACUGCUGAUAACUGAUUACCAUAAUCAUGAUUCAGAACAUCAUUGCUUGUAUUCUCUGCAGUUGGGGUGUGCUGCUUAUGGGGGAAAAUCCUGCUAUUUUACUUUUCUUCAGAUUUUGAACAAAAUGGAAUACUUGUUAAUAGGAACAUUGUAACUGUUCAGUUAAAUGAUUUAUUAUGGGGAUGGAAGUAUCUACUACCCAGUAUGCCUAGCUCUGUACAUUUGACUAACAUGUUCAGAGUAGUGGGCUGGAGAUGAAUUUGAGCAGCUGUGAAUGCGAUCCUGACCUAGCAGACAUGUUCUGUAUGUUCAGAUGCCAACCUUCACUUGAAUCAAUGGCAUGACUAUAGUGCCUAUCUCCAGAAGAGGAAUACCACAUUUCCACAAUGGACUUUUGUGUUUUCUAACUACCAAAGACUUUUUCUCAAACGAAACCAAGCAACCUGGACCAUGUGUACAUCAUUCACAGGGAGAACUCUUGUUAGCAGUAAUGUUUUUUUAUUUUGAUAAACGUUGGGUAUUGUUGCUGUAUUGUGUCCAUGAAACAGGUAUAUAUUUUUUAAAUGAUGUAAUGGAUACAAAAUGCACAUUUGCAAUAAACCCUAUGUUUACACUAAA